AGGCGGGCGGAAGAGGCGACGGGCCAUGGCCGGGGAGCUGCUGCGCGGCGGGGUUCGCCGCUUCCCCUGGCUCUGCAACGUGCUGCUCUACGGCGGGCUCUUCGCGGCGGGAGAUGCGGCCCAGCAGCUGUGGCGGCGGCGGCGGCGGGGGCAGCCGCCCGACUGGGCGCAGACGCGGCGCGUAGCGCUGGUGGCCCUCGCUUUCCACGGCAAUUUCAGCUACGUCUGGCUGCGGGCACUAGAGCGGGCGCUGCCCGGCCGCCGCCCAGCCGCCGUGCUCGGUAAGGUGCUCUGCGACCAGCUCCUCGGCGCCCCCGUCGCAGUCCUCGCCUUCUACACAGGUAUGAGCAUCCUUCAGAGGAAAGAGGACAUAUUUUCAGACUGUAAAAAGAAAUUUUGGAAUACAUAUAAGACAGGACUGAUGUACUGGCCUUUUGUGCAGCUUUCAAACUUCAUUUUGGUCCCUGUUUACCUGCGAACAGCUUACACGGGACUCUGUGGCUUUGUCUGGGCUACCUUCAUUUGCUUUUCCCAACAGAGUGGAGAUGGCACAGCAAAAUCAGCACUUAUGUGGCUCCAAAGAGAGAAGGUCAAUGCAGAUGAAGAAUCAUCAGAAAAAUAAGAACUUGAGUCUGGAGCAUGUUCUAAAUGGAGUUUAUGACAGUCAGUAAACCACACUGCAGCCUCAUUGAUGUGUUUAGAAUAAACAGUCAUCUUAACAUUCCUUGGUUAGUACAAGCAGUGGAACAGUUUGUCUUUGUGCCUGCUUAUUUUUCAUAAAAGAGGCCAAUUGUAUAUAGACAUCUAAUUAUUUUCAUGCUGCCAUCACAUCUCUUCUGGGAACAACUGACUUGCAGGGUAGUGUAAGCAUUUGCACAUCAUGUCAGACUGCUUUGCUGGGGAGAAAUAUUAACUGUAAUUUAAGUUUCAAGCAACUUGUAAUUGCUAGGAGAAAGAGAAUGCUAGGAAUGUGAAGUCAUCAAUUGUUGGACUUGACAGUUGUUAUAAAUGCAAGAUUGCUUUUUCAGAUCAAAAUCUAAUGCAUUUCUUAUCUAAAAAGUGGCACUGAAUCUGUUUUAUUCAGAGAAAACAAAAUUGCUGAGUUUGUAGGGACUGCUUCUCUAUAGGGGCAAUCUUGUUUUAUUCUACAUUAAAAUCUAUGUAGCAAAUAAAUUAUUUCAUAGAAU